GGUAGUGAACGUUGCGUGAAUUCUCUCGUGGUUUUGAGCUGUUCAAUAAGAGAAAACUGGCUUUAGGUUAUAUGAAAAUUCGUAAAAAAUGAUGUCGCAAGGCGUCGGUAUAAGCGCAAUGGAUCGUCUGCGUGUGGAUUCACCAGAUCGAAAAACUAUGUGGAAGGAAGAAAAAGAGCGUAAACUUGCCAAACUGAAGCAGCUGCGUGCAGAAAGAGAGAAACGACGAAGAGACCAACUGUCUAGAGAGGCUCAGGAAGCAGCUGUACGUGCGAGCAAUGCACCGCGAGAUGACCAGCAGGAUUUGGAUAAGAUGCUCUCCUCCUUGGGAGUUGCGCCUGUCUCGGAUAAAGAUAAAGAUAAAAGCAGUGGUCAUACUGAGGAAACUAGAAGCAUUAAUCUGCCAGUAGAAGAACAAUCUGCAACCAAGUCUGGUCAGACAGAGGUCCUGUCGAGUAUGUCGAGCAUGUCCUCCGAGCCGGGACAAGACCUAACGGGUUCGCCAGACAAGAGUCUAGAAGGGAAUGCCACAGCUUCGCCAAGAACACCGAGCAAGAGGCCGCCACAGCUCUCAGUCGUAAGUGUACAGGCAACCAACAUCCCUCCUCGUGAAACGGUGACAUACACUAAGGGGGUGCAGACCUCAUCGUCGGGUGAUGGCCACGGUUACUAUGAGGAUUGGUGGAGGCCACGCAAAGCCCAUGCCUUCGACUAUUACGACGAAUAUAAUCUAAACCCAGCGCUAGAAUGGGAUGAUGAAUUCACAGUUCUUACUUACGAUGACCCGCAAGCUGAGGAGGAGGACAACUCCUUGACCAUGCUUGACACCCCACCGAUGUUCGGAGGAGGGCACAACCGCCACCUUCCCCCUGGGAUUCUUCCCACGGGCAUGCCGCAGGUGCAGGACGUCAAGCCGGCCCUCGCCCCCGAAGCUGAGAAGAAGGUCGAGGAGGAGAAACCCAAGCCACCCCGUGAGCUGUCAGAUGAAGAGAAGCAGAUGUUGAUGAUGACAGAGGAGUUCCACAGCUUCUUUGACCACUCGACUCGUAUAAUUGAGCGAGCCCUUGCAGAGGACACCAACAUCUUCGCAGAUUACUCGCAUGACCACGAAGAGGAUGGUGAAGCAAAUGAGAAUGGAGGUGUCAAGUUAUCCCUGAAUCGCUGGUUCUAUGAUGAACGAUGGUCACGCAAUCGCUGUAUCACUUGCAUGGACUGGUCUCCUCAGUAUCCUGAACUCCUUGUUACCAGCUACAACAACAAUGAGGACUCUCCUCAUGACCCCGAUGGUGUUGCCCUUGUGUGGAAUACCAAAUUUAAGAAAGAAACACCAGAGUAUAUCUUCCAUUGUCAGUCUCCAGUGAUGUCUGCAACAUUUGCAAGGUUCCAUCCCAAUUUGAUCAUUGGUGGAACUUAUUCUGGACAAAUUGUUCUCUGGGACAACCGUAGCCAAAAGAGAACUCCAGUCCAGCGCAGUCCCCUGUCUGCUUCAGCUCACACUCAUCCUGUGUACUGCAUGAAGGUGGUUGGCACCCAAAAUGCCCACAAUCUUAUCAGUGCAAGUACUGAUGGAAAGAUGUGUUCCUGGUCCUUGGACAUGCUAUCACAGCCUCAGGAAUCAAUGGAGCUCCAGCACAAGCAGUCACGUGCAGUAGCAGUCACAUCUUUAGCCUUCCCUCAUGGAGAUGUCAAUAACUUUAUUGUGGGCUCUGAAGAAGGAGCUGUAUUUACUGCUUGCCGCCACGGAAGUAAAGCCGGCAUAGUGGAUGCCUACGAGGGACACCAGGGCCCAGUGACAGGUGUGAGCACUCAUGCUACCCUGGGACCUAUUGACUUCUCACAUCUCUUCCUCACUUCAUCAAUUGACUGGACAGUCAAGCUUUGGUCUGUUAAGGAAACAAAGCCUCUAUACUCAUUUGAGGACAACGGCGACUAUGUAUAUGAUGUGGCUUGGUCACCCAUCCAUCCUGCUCUCUUCACGGCUGUGGACGGAUCAGGAAGGAUUGACCUCUGGAAUCUAAACCAGGACACUGAGGUUCCUACAGCAAGUACCUAUGUCGACGGUAACCCAGCUCUGAAUAGAGUGUCCUGGACUAACUCUGGUCAACAAAUCACAGUUGGUGACGAUAUGGGUAAAAUCUGGAUCUAUGAUGUAGGAGAACAACUUGCACUUCCACGCGCGGAUGAAUGGGCUCGGUUGGUGCACACUAUGGGAGAGCUGAAGAACAACCAAGCAGAUGAUGACCAGUCCACGAGGCACUACGACUCCUCGUUCUCAUCUCUAACCUCAUUAGCGUCUUCCCCUCUUAGAUAAAUGGAGCGCAGCUUAAAUAUUCCUUAGGCUUUGAAAAGUGAUUGCAAAUAUUAUUAACUAUUUAUAAAUGUUGUUAAGUUUAGUUUCUGGCCUUCCAUGUGCAACUUGUCAAUUAGUACCUCCUUUGGCAUAAUGGUAUUAACAAUCAGUAUCUGAAUAUAACCGAUAUAAGGUGUAAUUUAAUCGUCAUGCAAAAGGGUAAAGUUUUGUGAUCUAAUAUAUUGUAGGAAAUUGAAAUCCCUCCCACUCAAUUUUCAUUUGCAAGAUGUAAAGUUAUUUUAAUUUUUUACUUGUCAUAUAUUGAGCGGCAACUAAUUUUGCUUAUUGCAGAUAUUAAGAUCUAUUGUCAUAGCUCCCAUGAAACCAAGAUAUGAUAUUAAUUAUAAAAGGUUUCAUAGUGAUAUUUGAAGUAUAGGAAAUCGUAUGUACAGCUUAUGUGAAAAUAAUAAAGUACUAUUGGUG